AUGAGAGACAUUAUUGAAGUGGUUGCCCUGGCACUGGGUUUCAUGAGUUGGACGAUGGUUGGAGUAUCUUUGCAGGACAAGCAGUGGAAGAAGAACUCAGGAGAUGGGGGUGUCGUCAUUACCAACGAAAUUUUCGAAAAUCUUUGGAUGGCCUGUGCCACCGACUCAAUGGGAACUUUUGAUUGCUAUGAAUUUCAGUCGAUGCUCGCCCUACCUGGAUACAUCCAGGUGUGCCGUGCAUGUAUGAUUGCGUCAGCAAUACUGGGGGCGAUUGGAGUUGUCCUCACCCUAUUUGGGAUGCAGUGCUCGAAGGUGGCAGACCACAACCACGUCCUCAAGAGCAGGCUGGUGGCUCUGGGUGGAUUCUGCUUCCUAAUGCAGGGCUUAUGUACAGUGGUCGCAGCGGCUUGGUACACCUGCAGCAUAGUGUACGAGUUCUUCGACAGGUUUUAUGACGGAACUAAAGAUCUUCCACUUGAGCCCCUCACCAGAACUUACCAGAAGAUUAACAGAUCGCUAUCAGAAAGCACCUGCAGCAACUACAAAGUCAAUGUGUACGUCUAA